AUGAACCAGUCCAGAUGGAUUGAAUGGAGGACUCUGAAUGUGAGCAGUAGUGUUAUGAACAUAUCUGAGCAUCUCUCCUGCCCUCUUGGAUUUGGUCACUACAAUGCAGUUGACAUCUGUAUCCUUGAGACAGUUGUUAUUGUCUUGCUAACGUUUUUAAUUAUUGCGGGUAACUUAACUGUUAUAUUUGUUUUUCACUGUGCUCCACUUCUGCAUCAUUAUACCACCAGCUAUUUUAUUCAGACCAUGGCCUAUGCUGAUCUUUUUGUUGGAGUUAGCUGCUUGGUUCCUACUUUGUCACUGCUUCACUAUUCGACAGGUGUCCACGAGUCCUUGACAUGUCAAGUUUUUGGAUAUAUCAUCUCUGUGCUAAAAAGCGUAUCUAUGGCAUGUCUUGCUUGCAUCAGUGUGGAUCGCUAUCUCGCUAUAACAAAGCCUCUCUCCUAUAAUCAACUGGUCACACCAUGUCGCUUGAGAAUCUGCAUCAUUUUGAUCUGGAUAUACUCUUGUCUGAUCUUCUUGCCUUCCUUUUUUGGUUGGGGAAAACCUGGUUACCACGGAGAUAUUUUUGAAUGGUGUGCUACCUCCUGGCUAACUAAUGCCUAUUUCACGGGCUUUAUUGUGUGCUUACUAUAUGCUCCUGCUGCCUUUGUCAUAUGUUUCACCUAUUUCCACAUCUUUAAAAUUUGCCGGCAGCACACCAAAGAGAUAAAUGAUCGGAGAGCUCGAUUUCCUAGCCACGAAGUGGAUGCUGCUGGGGAGACUGGCCACAGCCCUGAUCGCCGCUAUGCCAUGGUUUUGUUUCGGAUAACCAGCGUGUUCUACGUGCUGUGGCUCCCUUAUAUUAUAUACUUCCUGCUGGAGAGCUCCAGGGUGUUGGAAAACCCAGCACUUUCCUUCUUAACAACGUGGCUUGCUAUAAGCAAUAGUUUCUGCAACUGUGUGAUAUAUAGCCUCUCCAACAGUGUUUUCAGACUGGGACUCCGGAGGCUGUCAGAGACAAUAUGUUCAUCUUGUAUGUGUUUAAAAGACAGGGAUGUACGGGACCCUAAACCGAGAAAACGGGCUAAUUCCUGCUCUAUUUAAGGAGAACUGGCGCAUGUAAUCAAACGUGGAGUUUUGAUAGUAUUUGAUAUAUCCGGAAACUUGCCAGAACAGAAAUAUUUACUUGAAUAGUUUGCUAUAGUCUUAGAGAUGAAUUUAAAAGGGAUUUC